UGGGGUUGGGCGGGGUCACGUGAGAGCGCCUGCGAAGCGUCAAAUCAGACGGCGGCUCUCUCUCUCUCUCUCUCUCUCUCUCUCUCUGCCCCUGCCCCCGGGUUGUGCCUCUGGCUCUGUGCGCCUCUUCUACCCUAUAGAUGGAAGAAGAUUGGAGUUUGGAGAGCGAAACCAGAGAGGAGCCACCACCCAAAGACUCGCUUUCCCGUCUUACCCUCCUUUCUCUCUUCUUGUCUGAAAACUGCCCACCACGUCUGAAAACUGCCCACCGCCGUCGCUAACAAUGGGACCCACCUUAUAAUAUAUUACAUAUACAUCUUCGAUACCACGACUCUCUGCCUCAUCCUGGUCUGCUUGUUUCUUCUCUCUUUCUUGUCCUUGAAAACAAAUGGGAAGUCGAGGAGAGGGGCACUACCGCGGCGUUCGGAAGAGGCCGUGGGGGAGGUAUGCGGCGGAGAUAAGGGAUCCGUGGAAGAAGACGCGGGUGUGGCUUGGGACCUUCGACACCCCCGAGGAGGCCGCUCUCGCUUACGACCAGGCCGCCCGCUCCCUCCGCGGCGCCAAGGCCAAGACCAACUUCCCCCUUCCUCCGCCCCCGCCGACGUCCCACCUCAGCCUCGACCUCAACCUCCCCUGCCACAUCUGGAUGGGCCCGCCGCAGCCGCCGGCGCCAAGGCCACAGGCGGUUGCCGCGGCGAUGGGGUCUCUCCCGCCGUCGACGACAUUGAUGCUGGGAGGAUUCGGGGGAGGCGGGUCUUGCCCUCCGGGAUUGGGGAUGGUUGCGGCGCCGGAGGCACCUCCGGCGGGCGCGCCCUUCUUCGGCGCCGUGGGGAGGGGUCUGCCCUUCGAUCUCAACGAGCCGCCGCCGGCCUCGUCCCUUUUGUUCAGGUGAACGGCCUGCUGCUCUCUAGCGUUGCCGUGCUGCCCGUUUCUCCCACCCACCCUUUGUUAUAUUUUCGAUUUUUUUUGCGUUUUUUGGCUGCAGUAGAGACUACCGUAAAGUAGCAACAAAGACCAACUAUGGUGUAUAUAUAAUUUAAUAUAUAAUAUAUCCUUUCUCGAUAUGAAAUUGAAAAGAGUUAUACUAGUAAUCGACUGCAUGCAUGGCGCCAAGCGGCGGACGGCAAUGCGUUAUGGGCCAUCCUCGUACCAAGGGGGGCAAGGGGCUUUAGAUUUUAACGCACCACUGUUGCUGAUGGACGGCCUUCAUUCGGUUUAGAGUAAGGAGUGGUACCAUCUGCGACGCGUGGAUCAUGUACACUGUGCAUGCGGACGAAAAAGGUUUAGGUUGAUUGCACCAUGAGGUGGCGAGAUGCAGCCCUGCGCCACGAUUCAACGCUCGGCAUGAAUAGCGCCCUUAUCUCGGCCAUGUCCAAUCAAUUCAUCUGGCCGGGAGUCAAGCUCGGCUGGCAAACUGGAAUCUGCAAGUUAACCGGUUGGCACCUUCUCCUUAAGUAAAUUUGGAUCAUUUAGCUUGUUCUUGGUGUCGCUGUAAUCGGCUGGAUUCGGAGAUAUUUUAAGAAUACUGAGGACAUCUAGAAUAUGGCUAGUAAUGGUAUCAUCUUUAGGACAAAGCAUAUAUAAGAAAGUUAAUGUAGUUGCUGAA